UCUGUGUCUCUCUGGGCUGCAGGGCUUCGGAAAACGAACAUACUCAAGAUGGAAGUGUUUAACUGGAGAAAGACAAACAGCCCCAUUAUUCUGGCUCUGGCCUUAGUCAUUUGUGCAGUUAUUUUCCGAGAUGUGAACUGCCAAAUGACCACUCUGCGUGGAGAUACCAAUUCCCAAGGAGUACACAAUUUUCAACAAACAAAUAAUUCGUCUACUUCAGUAAAUAACGAACAGAUAACUGAAUCAACGGAGUCCAGCAUUUUAAGUUACAAUUCCAGCUUUCCACAAACUAGCAAAGUGGUAUGUGUGAGUGAAGAUGCGAUGAAAAACAAAGACACAGUGAAGCUGAAGCUGCAGCUGAAGACCAAGUCCAACUGUGAGAAAAACAAGGAAAAGAUUGAGAGCAGUCCAGAACUUCUUUGUGUUGACCAAAAGCUUGAAAUCUACCAGAUGGACAACACUGAUGAGAUGAUCAUAACUGGAAAAUGUUUAGAAGGUGAUCCAAAAGGAAUGACUGAAAAGUUUGAGAAUGAUAAUAUUAAAGAUAAGGUUGGCAUUAAAAAGGCUGAGCUUGUCCUCUUGGAAAGACCCCAAAUUGUCCUGAUCUCAGUCCUCAUUAGUGGUCUGCUACUGGCUGUUCUUCUUUUUGCUGCGUACAUCCUGCAAACCCGCCACACAGAGGCCAAAGGAGCAUGUCUGGCUGAAGACUUAUUCCAGGUGGAUGAACCGAACCAAGGCAAUACUUUAUUGUCUGCGGCCCCACUGCCCCAACAAGAACCAAUAGAAAAACCCACCAGCAAUGGCGAGUCCUUAGAGUCAACCCCCACUAAUGGUCAUUCAGCUACCCAAGCACCUGUAGCUGACUCUGAGAUGUGAAUGCUGGCCUUAUCAGAUAUGAACGAGGAUUACUACCCAACUUAAUUUACAAAAUUCCCUAUAGUAAAAAACUAUAUUAGUGACAGUAUCAAUAAUGGAGACCAAAUAGAAGGUGAUAACUGCUAGGAUAAAAUAUACAGGAAGUGAAGUUAACAGUGAUAACAAUGCCUCAACUUGUACUGUGAAGACACUGAACACUGGUUAAACCAGCCAUAUGCUGAGCAGUAAAGCAUCCAAUGCUGCCAAUGCUAGGAUAGAAAAAUGCUUUAAAAAUGAAUCCUAGAAAAAACAUCAAACCUUUCACUACAUUUAAUUUAUGUUAUCAUCUCUCUUCUGUAGAAAGUUUUAUACUGAAUACUAUAAUGCUCUCUUACGUGCUUAUAUUAUGAAAGGUUUUCUAAGUAAAAACAUUAACUGAUGAAACAUUAUCUUGAAAAAAUAAGAGUUAUUUGAUUUCAAGUUUAGGGAAAUGCUUUUUUGUAAGAAUCCAGCCAGAACAUUUAACCCUUUAACAUUCUGCUCAUCUUUUCUUAAAGCACACUUUGGGUCACUAUAUCUUAUUUAAAAAUAUGUUGACCUGACUAAGCCAUCUCUACCACUUGGUUGAGGUACGCUAUGCUAUUGCAAUGCUAAAGAAAUUCAUGUUACUGUGUCUUUAAAUAGUAUGCUUAUGAAGCAACAUUCCAACCCUUUGGAAAAGGCCUAUAUUUGGUUCUUUAAAAACCUUGACUGUUGUUAUUAUUGCCACAAGAAAAUUUAAAGUCUAUUCGUUAUGUAUGCUGUUUAUCUUGUGUAUCUUGGAGGCUACGACAGGGAACUUAGGGGACAAGGUGGGGUACAACAUGGAUGGGGCGUUACAAGUACACACAAGCUAAGGGAAAUUUGGAAACAUCAACCUAAACUGUAUGUUUUUAAACCGUCGGAGUAGAUCCACUAAGCACAGGGAGAGCAUGCAAACUCAUGCACUUACUGUAAGUCCCAAACCUAGAAGUGUGAAGUGACAGCCCUAACCAUUAAGCAUGCAAGUGCUGCAAGAAUAUAAAAAUUCCCAAUAAUGAUUUUCCAUUUUUUCCCUGCUAAGGAUGUUAAAGGGUUAAAGUUUCCCCAAGUAGGACACAUAAAGUGCCCUUUAAACUAAAUAUUUUCGAAGACAAUAUUUACAUUUUGAAUGUACUGUAGUGAUAGGUUUCGCAUUUAACCUUAUCAAGUCUUUUGACCAAACUAAACCUUGCUAAGAUGACAGUAUACUCUUUAAAACACCAUGGCACAAAUUCAAAAUGCAUUAGUUAAUUGUCUGCAUGUUUUUACCAUGGUAGUUAACAAGCUUUAUUAAUGUACAAUAUAUUGUAUUGCAAAAUGAAAGGAUACAAUUUUUGGAAGGCUUACAGGCACUGCUUAAUGAUGGAAGUUCUUAAAAUGAAGACUCAUUCCUCAGCAAAUCAUUAGCAGCUGGUAUUAAUGGGAUAUACAUUAAUGAGGAACAGGAGCAGUCAAUUUACUGCUUUUUUAUAUUUGAGUUAAUUUGUUGUAGACAUAGAAGUUUAAUUUUACAAUAAAAGUUUACAAAUCUUUGGUUAUUUUUAGGGUUUUCAAAGCAAAUAAAUGUUUUACUUAAGCCAAAUUAGGCCAUUGUUAAAGGCAAACUUUAGUGGUCACGCAGUCGGGUAUAUCUUCUUGAAUAUUUUUGUACCUUUUACCUCUUUCUAUUGUCUAUGUGUAAUUGUUAUGGUUGCUGCAUUACAGUAUGCAUUAAACUUUUUAUAUGUCAUGAAACAGGUGAUUUUACAACUGUGACCUCUAUGUGUGUGUGUGUGUGUGUGUGUGUGUGUGUGUGUGUGUGUGUGUGUGUGUGUGUGUGCGUGCAUACACCACCAGUAACCAGCUCUGGACAACGCAGGUCAAAAGACAGACAUUUGCUAGACUAAACAUUUUUUGUUGUUGGUAUCUUGGCCACCAGGCUCUGGGUAUUAACAAGGCACUGGCCAGGAGCCACAGCUGUGAUAUGAAAGACUCAGGAGAUUAGAGCAAAGGCAGCUGUUCUCACUAAAAACCAAUCCAGAACAGCUCAGUGUCCUGGUUGAAGCCAUGAAUAAUAAAUUUUCUGUUUGGACACCAUCAUUGGUUUCACCGACAUUAUUUACUGAACCGAAACAAACAAAAUUCGAGAAGAAACACAAUCCUGAGAGAUGUUAGACUGUACUUUGGAUGCUUAUAGGGAAUUUAGAAUUCUAUUUGCCUGCCAAAAGUGAUUUAAAAUAAACAGCCUGGCCCCUGGUGUGUGUGCAAGCAUGAUUCUCCUUUUUUUUUUAGUUGAAAAAUAUUUUAAUUAUUUACUUCAUUGCAUUCAUAUGGUUCUCUUUAUUAAUUAAAACCAGCAUAUCAUUAAAUUUAGACU